AGCGGUUUGACGGGCAGUCGAGGUUGCAGCAGGCAGAGGGAGACGGUGGAAGGUAAAGCAGGGAGGCAGCAUCAUGGCGGACAGAGACAGUGGCAGUGACCACGGAGGGCCCACUGCAGGCCCCGGCUCGCUGCCUCCGGGCGCAAUGGGCGCCAUGUCCCGGCUGCAGCACGACACCGAGGAGCUCGCCUCGAAGCGCGUCGACAUCCAGAACAAGCGCUUCUACCUUGACGUGAAGCAGAAUGUUAAAGGCCGCUUCCUAAAGAUAGCCGAGGUCGGGGCUGGGGGAAACAAGAGCCGCCUCACUCUCUCCAUGUCUGUCGCCGUGGAGUUCCGCGACUAUCUCGGGGACUUUAUCGAACAUUACGCCCAGCUGGGCCCGACCAACCCGGACAUGGUGCAGGAUGAGCCCCGGCGGGCGCUCAAGAGCGAAUUCCUGGUGCGGGAGAAUCGGAAAUAUUACAUGGAUCUGAAAGAGAACCAGAGGGGGCGGUUCCUGAGGAUCCGACAGACCGUUAAUCGGGGGCCCGGAUUGGGAAGCGCGCAAGGCCAGACCAUCGCUCUGCCGGCGCAGGGUCUCAUCGAGUUCCGCGACGCUUUAGCCAAACUCAUCGACGACUACGGCGUGGACGAGGAGCCGGCGGAGCUCCCGGAGGGCACCUCGCUCACUGUCGACAACAAGCGCUUCUUCUUUGACGUGGGCUCCAAUAAGUACGGGGUGUUCAUGCGGGUGAGUGAGGUGAAGCCCACGUACCGGAACUCCAUUACGGUUCCCUGCAAAGUGUGGUCCAAAUUCGGUAACACCUUCUGUAAAUACGCGGAGGAGAUGAGGAAGAUCCAGGAGAGGAGUAGAGAGAAAAGGGCCUCGGAACUGCUACCUGAGGGCCCGCACGGCGGAGACGACGGCGACGAUGACUGACGCGGAUUUUAGGAGAGCUGACAUGAAACAACCGAGACAACGUUGGACUCUGAAGAGAAAAAAAACAACCCAGACUUUUAACUGUAAAAUAGAAAGAGAAUCUACAAGGGAAUCACCCCACACACACAACCUCCACAGACAUGGCAGCACCUCUGCUGUCUCCUCGCUCAUUUUACUGGAUGUCACCCCACUUACCACCCAUGUAACAGUAAGCCGCUGCUAUCAAGGACUUAACUGUAAGAUAUGAACCGUUUCCUACUUGAUUUAAGUGACAAUGAACAGAGUGUUUAUAUCUCUAUCGAUGACAGAUUUUGCACACAUCAAAGCUAUUUCACAAAAGAAAAAUGUUUAAGUGUUUUAAAAACUGGUAAUAGACUUAAGAUUUAAUCAAAAUAAAACCAGAGGUUUAGAGUAUAAAGUCUUCAUGGAGAAGGAAUAUUUGACAUCAGCACAAAGAGGAUAUAUUAUGGACUUUAUGAAACCAAAAUCCGAAUCCAGAUGUAUAGUUUAUUAUAAAGGUACGCAGAAUAAAUAUGACAAUGCUCAAUGAGUUACAGAAGGCAGCACUGCAGGCCUUGUAAACACCUGUCAGCAUGCGUGUAGGCACAUGUUUUGAAAAGAAGUUGGCAAAGUAGGCCGUAGUCUCUAAUUUGGCCUAAACGUAGUCGGAUAAUGGAAGCAUUUCUCUCAUGCCAUUAUGGAAAAGGUUGAGACACAAACCUAAAUAGCCUAUGUGCGCCUCAAACAAAUGGGUUAAACCUAUCUCUGAGCUACUCUAUUGAAUAUCAACCCUCUUGCACCAUGUCCACAUAAACUUAAAUGAAAAAAGUGCUAACUUAGAUGUACUAAUUAUGAUUUUGUGAAUCAGCUGUAAAAAAAAAAAUCCUUAUUAAGAUGCCCACGUUUUCUGUGGGAUUUUUUUCUUUACGUUGUUGUUUUUUGUUUUUUCUUUUCCUCAAGGUGGUGGGGGAUGCAAAAGGAUAUUAAAAAAAGGUCCAUAUGUGGGAGCGCAAGGCGCAGAAACAAACAGACAAAAAAAGACGCGUCAGCGCAGCGCGCGGCGAGGCAACGCAUCCUCUCUGACGUCAUUACGACCCGUGCCUUAUACACUCCACUCGUUUACGUGUUCUCACGUGGAUGGUCUGUGACCUCGACCGCUGUAUGUUUUCAUUUACGAGUGCUGUUAUGUAGGCAGAAAUAUAUACUCACCAGGGCUGUGGGAUUCACACCCCUGCAGUGCAUGGAGCAUGCGUGGCAACACCAAAAGUAAAGCUGAAAGGCUGCUGGGAGCUGGGGGCAGGGGGUGGGUCCAGUUGUGUUCUUGGGUGUUGUUGGCAUGUUGGGGGCUAUGCACGUUGUGCUAUGGUGCAACAUGGAGCCCAGAAUCCCUAGCCGCACCCCUGGCUUGACGGACUGAUCGGUGCCUCCCGGGAACUCACUGAGUGUGCGCGAGCGUGGAAAGUAAGCUGGAAAUGUUAUGGGUGGCUUUGCUCACCAUAUGCACCAUGAUGUUAAAAAGAAAAACAAAAAAUGAAAAAAACAGCAACAACAACAAAAGUAUAUAAAAAUAAAAAAACUAAAACCCAGGAGCGGCUGGAUGAGGCUUAUUUGUCAGAGCUGAGAUGGAUGCUGUUAAAGAGCCAGGCAGUCAGCCAGCCAGGCAGGCCAGCCGGCCGGUCCCAUGCAGUCAGUACGAAUGCGGUCCAGCGGAUUUAGAGGCCUAUCAGUGCAGGGCCGAGGCAGUGUCUAUCUCUUUAUGGUGCUACAGCCCCUUGAUCGCUCCUUGGGGGCCUCGCCGCUCAGAAUAUGUCACUUUUGCAUUGUUAUUCUGAUGCUUCUUUUUUUUCCCCUUUCCUCCACAGUAUGUUGUCCAAAACGUGUCAGGUUUCCCCUCCCAGCCAGAGACGAAGCCACUGACUAGUGUAGGACAUUUUAUAUUAGUGUGCAAUAUUGUGUACGUGCCAAUCGUGGCAUUGUAUCACGUGUAUAGACGAAAAAUGUAUAGGCUAUGUGAUCAGUAGAUAUUUGAAAGCAUGAUGAUGAAGUGGAUGCAUCCGCAUUAUAUUUCCAAAAUGUGAAGACUUUUACUUCUCGAGGUGAAAAAAGUCAGACUCGUUGUGAGUUUUUUUUAAUUGUUUUUCUUCCUGUCACUUUCUGUAAACCAGUAGGCUGCCUUGUCUGUCUCUCAGUGCGCGUAGACUAGCUCGGGUAUUUUACGUCCUCCCUUAGGAAAACGAAAAAAAAGUUCUCCUCCAAACACACAACACAGACCGUCAACAACCUCUGACUGUCUCCAUGUUGGCCCUUCUACACUAAGCUUGAAUAGUAUCUUGGGGCUUGGGUCCAGGGGUGGCUGGCAUACACACACAUACACGCACGCACAGACACACACAUACUCUCCCCCUGUUGAGGCCUCUUGUUGAUAUCUGAGUGUUUGGGAGGCCUCUGAAGUGUUUUGAAUUGUGUCUAGAACUGCACAAGGCCUCCUGUCAUUAGGAGAAAGAGAACUGUGUGCUUGGAGCUUGAGUGCGAGCCCUCACUCACCUGGGACUGCAGUACAGGUGAACCGCAGUUUGACUUAGGCUUUUCUGGGGUUUCAAUCGAGCCGGGCGAUAGCGAUCAGCCGCGGCAGAAGCCAAAGGACAGAGGAGUUUGUUGUUGUUUUCAUGGCGAGGAUCACAAUCCCCUCUGCUGUGGGAAGACUCUUGUCGCAGUCUCGCUCCUCUUUCCCAGGCGUUAAAAAAAGGCUUGUUGCUUGUGCACUAUUCAUCACUUAGAACGUGUAGUCCAUCCCUUCAUUUUGACUCAGCUGACCUUUAGCCCUGCACUGAGGUCCUGCUGAACUCUCAGUGCGUUAAAUACGACUGAGCCUGUCGGUGUGGCAUGCCACCUAGCUGACGGGAAGGGAACACUUUAGAGGCCUCAGCUGGAUAAAAGCGGCUAAUGCACUCACAAGCGAGGCCUACCGUGUAUGUAGGAGAGCUGAGGCCGGGUCGAAAGCAGAAGUCCCCGGGGCACACUUGGGCUCAUAAGGUGUCACAAGUUCAAUCCUCAGAUUUAAAAGCUGAUUUGUGUCUGAUUGGCUGCGUUUGUGAUGGCAGGAGAAGAAAAAAAGGUUCCAGAAAAUCCCUUCUGUUCACCACAGGACUGUUUCUGGCCCACAUUUGUCUCAGUGACAGUGAAAGGCCUGAUGAAGCCUGGCACUGCACUGUAAGGGCUUACCAGCAGCAGCAGCAGCCUGCCACAACCUUCCAACCCGGCUGCAGACAGAUCGAGUUAGGACCGUUCUCUCUGGAAAUCUCUUCCACUUCUUACAGAGAUUAUUAUAUUUCCUCACACUGCCCUCAAUACAAAAAACAUUUAUUUUCAUUGAACGCACGUACAAGCCACCUAUGACUAUGUGCCCAGAAAAGCACAUCUGAGGUCAACCUGAGUUCAUCUUGAGGUCACCGCGAGUCUGAAGUCACUGUGGUGAUACAGCACUUAUUCCCCAAAGUGUUCUAGCUUUAGCCUGACUGACUUUAAUCAUGUCUGCUACAUGCUAAGACUGGAAAUACGACGCUUCCUUUCUCUUUUUCUCUAAUGGCCAAAUAUGAGGAGAGCCUGAACAUGCUCAUAGAGUUCACUUUGUGAAUGCCUCACUCUGUGAAACGCACACAUUGUUCGCUUCUUUGUUUGUUUUUAAAAAAGAUUUAAAGAUGUGUUCUUUUGUUUUUUCCAGGUGCUACUGGGUCAGUUGUGUUUUUAGCGUUGAACGUGGCGUUUUCGGGUCUUUGUCCGAAGCGUACUUCCGGUGCGAUCAAACCUGAUUUUGUGAGACCUUUACCUGGAGUCACCUUGCAGCCACGUUGUGCCCACAUCUACACAGUCAUCCAUCUCUAGGACUUAAAUGCAGCAUGGUAGGCGGAUGUCGUUCGUCUCGUUUUCUGUGUCAGCGGACGUGAUGGUGUGCCAUCUUCGGGUGGCUCCGGAUGGGUUGGAUGUGCAUGAGCGAUGCUGCUCUGUGCUUGUUAGCGCCGUUUCAAUUAUUUUCUCCACAGCAGCAGCCAUCAUAGUGAUCUCUAAUCAUGAUGUUAACCAAACUUUCGCCCGCAGUAUUCAUUUGUCAGAUUUGACUUAAGUGUGCCGUUUUCUUUCGUUGAUCAGACUACAGGCAACCAGACCAUUCCUGGUCAGACUGAGGAGAGGUUAAGUUGUAGAUGCAGCGAUAUCUACUUGCUGCACGCACCUCAGUGUCAGAUUGCUAGGAUGGCUCCGCUGUAGGUGGGGAACAGCCACGUCUACAUGACGGUUUAACAGAAAACUUCCACAAAUGAAACGCGGCUGCCGGCUCGCGCCUCCACCAGACUAUACGAGUACUAACAAAAAAAGUAAAGAACUGACGGAACUUAUGUUAAGGUGUUCAAAACAACCAAAUGUGCUCUGUUUCUGGUUUCCAGUGUUGUAGUCUUUCAUUGGCCAUUCUGACUUUCUGGUUAAUCACACAACCAAUCGCAGCCUCUGGUCAAAGCCAAGCACUAUAUGACUCAUUAGAAAACCACAGACAGAGGAGCUCAUUCAGCAUGUCUUCUGUUUGCACACGCACCGAGCAGUAGGGUCCACCGUGUUCGCAGACUGUAAAAGCUACUGUUGUGUAUAGUUCUUGAAGACGUCCUUGAAGCUGUUCUGGAGAUGUUGGGUUAAAUGGAUCCUGGAUUUUUAAGGGGGUGGGGUCAAUGCACAAUGAACAUAUCCCAUUGUCACCGUUUGGUCUCAAUCCCUUUACCAUCCCCAUAAGAGAUAAUAUGUUGUAUCUUUCGAAAAUAUUUUAUCUGUGGCGUGUGUGUGUGUGUGUGUAUAUAUAUAUACAUAUAUAUAUAUGGUUUGUUAUAUAUGAUGCUCCUCCUUUCAGAAAAAUAUAACAUGUAAACAGGAAAAACAUUGCUGUUUUUUUCCUUUGUAUUUUAUACUUACAGAAAGCAUUGAAUAAAAUGGAUAAAUACUUGCACUUUAGAUAUAUUAAGAAAAAUAAAAAUCUGCAUAUUAUUUUUGAUAGGGAUCUCACAUUUAAAGAGUAUAAAUUACAGGCUUUGUGACUAUUGCUGGACAGAGAUGUAUUGAGUUCUACUUAUUGAAGUAUAUUUUGUCUGUGUCAGAAGGUUUACUAAAGUAAAUUGCAUGAUAAAGUAGUGCUACACCGAUAUUGUUUUUUUUUUUUGUUCGUUUUAUUUUGUUUUGUUUAUUUAGUUGAUAAAAAUGUCUGAAAACUGUGAUAACGACCCUCUUGUAUCAUGUUUAACCUCUCCUCACCCAUUCUAGGAUAUUUCUUACUGAAAUAUGGCCUUUUCCUGACUAUAUGACGAUGGUGCUUACUUUGGCUUUGACAUCGAGCUCAUCCUAUACAUCUCGACAUCAUCAUCAUAACUCGCGUCCUUACACUCCAUUUCUUUCUGUUAUGUACUCUCACUACCUUAUUAAAUUUCCGUUGAUGGCAAAAAAAUAAAACAAAGGUGUGCUGUUUUGUACAUUGCUGUUUGUUUUAAUGUUGAGGGAGCUUUGUUGUCUGAAAAAUGACUAAUGGCGCAAUAAAAUGUCAUUCCACA